CAACAAGUCGUUCUCAGCUACUCCUGAAAUCGGGAGGCGAUUACCCAGGUAUCAGAGGCAAAUAACAAGACAUGAACAACGGGAAUGAAAACAUGUCGAAGUCUACGGUACGUAAAUAUGGGAAACAACAAAAGAAGGCGAAGUGCGAACGCCUUUUCGCGGAAUUGCCGCAAACCCCAAUUCGUUUGAGUGUGAGAAGGGCUGCAGUUAUCGAAGAAACAGACGAUGCAAUCAACUGCAUAACGGGAAAAAUAACAACUAUGGAUAUCCGAGACGAAAACGAUGCGCUCCAGCUUCCAAAGAAAUCUGCAUCAAUGGCGCCAAGCAGAGGUUCAAGGAGAACCAAAACAGUAGAAACGGCUCAAGAAUCAACUGCUGAGCCUGACGAGCUGCCAGAAGAGGCGCGUAGUGAAAGGCCCGAAUCUUGUGGCGUGGAGCCCGCAGAGGCUGGCCUUCGAGUACUUUCGUGGUCGGAAGUCUGUCCCCCAGAAGACCGGAUAGUCAAGAUCGCGGAAGCGUCUUACGCGGAAGUUUACCGGGUCACAAACGAACGGGGCACAAGCAUCAUCAAAGUUGUGCGCAUGGAGUCUCCCAUCAAAGCACAAACGAAAGCACAACAAAAAUCCGGUCUAGUCGAUGAACAGCCGCAUCCAGAAGCCGAUUUAAUGGGCGAGCUGAAGAUUUCCGAGUUGCUUGCGGAUAUUCCUGGGUUUGUGGUGUAUAAAGAGAGAUACGUCGUGCAAGGGAAAACUUGUAAAGAGCUGCUCGAAACGCACCAAGCUUUCCACAAGAAGGCAAAGCGGCAAGACCCUAACCGGCUGCAAUUCUAUCCCUCACCAAGUCGAUACUUGGAUGACACAAGGUUCCUUGUGGUUGAGCUCGGUGAUGCGGGAGUUGCAUUAGAGGACUUCCAGCUCCGGUUGGUAGACCAAAUAUGGGAUAUCUUCUUUCAUGUCGCGAUUGCCUUAGCUCGGGCUGAAGCCCAGGUAGAGUUUGAGCAUCGUGAUUUGCAUGAAGGAAAUUUGUGUAUACGCCAGGUUGGGCAGCCAAUCCCAGAGGAAGAACGAUGCACAUCCUCCUUUUUUGGAUAUUCGGGUCUUGAAAUCACAAUUUUAGACUAUGGUCUAUCCCGGGCAAGAGAAAUUAUCGAGUCAGAUGACUCACAACCGAUUGCCUAUGACCUGGAGAGAGACCUGAGCAUCUUCACUAGCGAGCACGCACCACAAUGCAGGGUCUACCGGCAGAUGCGCUCAUUCUUUCUACGGGGUGAUCGGGUGUGUAUGUCACCCCAGAACCACAAGAUCCCAUAUGCCGAAGGUAAUGAUGGCCCAAUCUCAUGGGCUCAGCAUGAGCCGUAUACCAACGUGUUAUGGCUUGCGUACCUAUACGAAUAUAUCGUCUUCAACUUCCAAGGCUCCAGAAAGGAAUUAAAUGCGUUCAAGCGUGUGACGCGGGACUUUUGGACGCAUCUUGAUCCAGCAGCAGACGACAAUAUUCCAGGUUUUGCCAGUGCUAGCGACAUAGUCAUGUUCGCUGUCGAAUCUGGAUGGAUUGAUGAAGAGCAACUGAUGGGCAGCAGGAGCAUGAUCGAAAGGUCGAUAUUGUCAAUUCUAUCAGAUGAUGAGCUUGUCAGGGAUUUUCAAGAUCUAGAUUUUGGUUCACCAUCGCUAAGGAGGUCACCAAGGCGACUUUAG